GAUGUACUUCCUGGUGACGUGGAUAUAAACAAACCCGUGUGCUGAGGACCCUCGGUGAGUGUGGCUUGAAACGUGCCUGACUCAAAGACCAGAGAAGUCCCUCAUCUGGACCACUUUGACCACCGGGAGCACUGUUGCACGCUCUGCGCACUGCUGCGUCCUUGGAUACCGGCGACGCGCUCUGCCUGUCUCUCCUGCACCGUCCAGCAGCCGGAGAACCAGCGGGGGCGAAUGGGAACUCCAGCCGGUCUGUUCCCACCUAAUGCCCGCAUGAAGACAACGACGAUGGUGUUGAUGAAGCGGAAAGGAGUCGAGCAGGGCGGACAAACUGUGCGCCAUGAAUGACAGGUACCACAAGGCGGCCCGGGACGGCUACCUGGACCUGCUGAAGGAGGCGACGCGGAAGGAUCUCAACGCGCCGGAUGAGGAUGGCAUGACACCGACGCUAUGGGCUGCCUUUCACGGCAACCUGGAGGCUCUGCGGCUCAUCGUGGCGAGGGGAGGAAACCCCGACAAGUGUGACAUGUGGGGGAACACGCCGCUUCACCUGGCGGCUGCCAACGGUCACCACAACUGCCUCUUCUUCCUGGUGUCUUUUGGUGCCAACAUAUGGUGCCUGGACAACGACUACCACACGCCGUUGGACAUGGCCGCCACAAAGAAUCACAUGGAUUGCGUCCGCUACCUGGAUUCCAUCGCGGCCAAACAGACGGGCCUCAACCCCAAGCUGGUCGGCAAGCUGAAGGACCGGGCGUUUCGUGAUGCCGAGAGACGGAUCAAAGAGUGCAUGAAGAUGCAGAAGAAACACCAGAAACGCAUGGAGCAAAAGUUCCACAAGGAGGCGUCUGAGGCGUCUGCAUCUGACGUCAUGAGUUUUUCCAGUUACACCAGCAGCUCUAUUAGCCACAAGCUGCGCAGCUUCAAUGCUGCUACCGUCAGUGUGCCAUAUUCACAGGCUACUCUCCAUGCCACAAAUCGAGGGAAGACAAAGAUACAGAAGAAGCUGGAGAAGAGGAAACAAGGAGACGGGUCCUUUAAAAUCUAUGAAGACGGACGAAAGAGUGUGCGCUCCCUCUCUGGACUUCAGCUGGGCAACGAUGUCAUGUUUGUCAAACAGGGGACGUAUGUAAACCUGAAGGACCGCGGCCGCCGCAAUGUCCGUGACAUGUUCCCCAGAGACAAUGACGAUGCCAUUUCACGUGCCAUGAGCGAGCCGGAUCUCCACAGGUCCGAUGUGGACUAUUCUGAGAUCAGCACCGACUCGGGACAUGAUUCCCUGUUCAACCGGCCCGGUCUGGGCACCAUGGUCUUUAGGAGGAACUAUGUGAGUGGGGGGAUGUUUGACAUCAGUGGUCGGGAUGACACCAGUGCAGACCAGUCCGGCAGUAAUGUGCGCUUACGCAGUCGGCUGCAGCCAUACCCGAGUCUAGAUGAAGACAGCAUCGGCAGCGCACGCAGCCUACAGGAGAGGAACGUUGAGGAGCUGCCCUGGGAUGAAGUUGAGUUAGGGCUGGACGAUGAUGAUGAGCCGGAGACAAGUCCUCUGGAAGUCUUCCUGGCUUCACAGAGCAUGGGUGAGUUUAACUCCAUCUUCAAGAGGGAGAAGAUUGAUCUUGAAGCACUGCUGCUGUGCUCUGACCACGACCUUAAGAGUAUCCACAUCCCCUUAGGCCCGAGGAAAAAGAUCUUAGAAGCCUGUAAGAGACGGCUGGAGACCAUAGAGGACCCGGACCGCAUCGAGGACACAGAGCUGUGAUGUUUGACAUUUUCAUUUGCACAGUGUGGUGAGGAACAACAACAUAUUGUUUUUUUAUGUUGUCUCUGUGCUCCAGCACACUGGAUAUAAUGUGAAAUAAAAUACGUGAAGGAGUGCCAACAUUCAACCUAUAUUUGAGUGUGUCCACAUCAGAUGAAGAGUGUGCGACUUAUGGACCUUGCUAUGGAAGAAGAAUCUGCGUUUUUUAGAUGGUGCAGCUGCACCUUGCUGGUGCAAUCCUGCCUUUCUUGACGUGUCACCGUUGUGUUUGCAAAUGUAAUUUUCCACAAACACAAUGUGGACCCGCUCAUGGCUGGGCUAUCUACUUGGGUCGGGUUCAGACACAAAAAACAUAAUGCCUGUUGGGUUGGAGUCAGGCUCGGUUCAGUUUUCUCUCAGGCUUGGUUGGGUUCGAACAGAACAGUCACACUCUAGGCUUCACUACAAUCAGCUGACUUCUUGCUUAUUUUCGGGCCUUCGUUCCUCAGGUCUGGUUUUCAUUAGCAUUGAAGCAUGUGUUACUUUAGAUUUAGAUAAAAUGGCAAACCUUUCCGGUAAAGAUCCUCCAGACAAAAACACUUGGCUGUUUAUUUACUCCUGUUGUCGUGAUGCAUUAUAUUAAAUCUGGAGGACAACAUAUAGGACAGCAUAUAAGAAGAAUGACUUUUUACUUUAUGGAUGUGAACAUUCUCGAACACUCUUUUAAGUUAAUAUAUCAGGAUCAUAACCUUGCAGGGAUACGUUUUAAAUUCAUUUAGCUGGAUUUGAGACGAUAAAUAAAAAAGAAAUACCUGUCCAAAUUUUAAUGGACCGCUUCGGACAAGUUGCUUCUUGCUGUUUAGCCACUGAGAAAAUGUGCUGUGUAAAGUGAUCCUCUUUGGUUACAAACAUGGAUUCUCCAGCUAUGUGCUCAUCCAUCUUUAAAGGUCAGUGGACCAUUGUGGAGUGAAUGUCACGGGGAGGACUUAAUGAUUUACCUCAUCUUUUAACCCGGUGGUAACAAAGGAGAGAUAAUACUGUCAAGAUGAAUGCGUCCAGCAAGAAGACACGAGUGAGAUAAAUUCUUAACAGGAUUGUUUUACAGCGCUGGCCUCAGGACGAUCAGAUCUGAAAAUAUCUCUGUAAGUCCACUGGUUGGAGGCCUCUGUGCUGCAUGGUUUAACAAACUGAAAGACGAUUAUAGAGUGUAGUGUCGUGCAGUGUUGUUGAACACCAUGUGGCUUUGUCAACAAAGAGUUGAUUGUGGGGUCUGUGUCCCCUGAAUGUGUUUGCCCCCGUGGGGUAAAUCCUACCACCUCAUUGCUUGUGCCUGUGCAUUUGCUUAAAAGUGUAUUUUUGUCCUAAAAAGACAUUUGACAUCGACUUUGUAACUUUACAAUAACCAUUGAGCAGCAUUUUCAUUUUCACAUGCUUUUUCCUUGCUGAUGCAUUUUUGUCUCUGCAGGCCAAUUGUUCAUUGAGAUUACUGUUGUGAUUUUGUAAAACCCUGUAAAAACAGCAUAUUGAGAUUAUUUUAUAAAACACUUUAUUACUGCAUACACUAGGAGGAUUUUAAACCUUUGUAUGUCACUCAUGUCUGCCUUGACAAUUUAUCUUCCAACUGUUUUCAUA